CUUGUUCCUUGAAAUAUAAGCUUACAGCGCUUUUACUUCUGAAAUUCCGGCCGGCCCACUUCGGAAAAUCUGACACACACCCUCCGGCAGAAAAUUCCGGCAGACCCACUUCGGAAAAAUGGCCUCCCACUGCAUCUCCGGCUGCGUGGACGCACAUGCGCCGGUCAGAGCGACGUACACGAACCUCUACAAGUGGCCGGAAUCUGAUGCCGAGUUCGUGAAAUCGGUGAGUCGAAACGGGGGUUGUCCUCGAGUCGUGGAGAGCUACUCGUGCAGGCAGAUGUAUCUGAGGAGCUACACGUUCUCCAAGAAGGAAAGCGUGCAUGUGAGGACUAGGAAGUGCAUCGGGAGAGUAAAGGAAAGGGUGGUCCCGCGGACUACCAAAAGAAAGGGUGGUGGGAGGAAGAGGAAGAGGAGGAGGAAGAGGUGUGUGGUUCUGAGGAAGGUGCGGGAGCUAACGUGCGCUGCGCUGGUGACGAUCUUCCAACGGCUGUUAUCCUGUACCACUAGCGUGGAUGUGGUGGACCGUUAACACCAUUGGAGCUCUUGCACAAUGGAGACUCUGGAUCAUAAAUCAACGGUUGUGAUUACUGAUAGUUGGCCAGUGGACUAUGG